GAACACUUCGACCACCUGGCUUAAUCGGCGGAUCAAAGCCUAAAGUAGCAACACCAGCCGUUGUCUCCAAAAUCGAACAGUACAAAAGAGAAAAUCCUACAAUAUUUGCGUGGGAAAUACGUGAACGGCUUAUAUCCGAAGGCGUUUGCACAAACGCAACAGCGCCAUCAGUUUCCUCAAUAAAUCGUAUUUUGCGGAACAGAGCAGCGGAAAGAGCAGCAGCUGAAUUUGCAAGAGCAGCAAGUUAUGGUUACAUUCAUCCUACCCAUCCGUAUACUAGUUUUCCAACUUGGUCACCUACAAUGACCGCACACUUAUGGCAACCAACAGCAGGUACACCUAAUAGUUUGCAUAAUCUUCCCACAAACAGUUCUGCAACGAGUUUAAAUACAUCCUUACCAGCACUAUCUCCAGACUCCGGUAGUCGUGAUACUUUAGGCUCACCUGAUGCUAACAGAAUGAUUGAUAUAGAAGGCGAAGACACUGAUUCAGAUGAUAGUGAUCAGCCAAAAUUUCGUAGAAAUCGCACAACAUUUAGCUCAGAACAAUUGGAGGAACUUGAAAAAGAAUUUGAAAAGUCACAUUAUCCUUGCGUCAGCACCCGGGAAAAAUUGGCUGCAAGAACAUCGCUUAGUGAGGCUAGAGUUCAGGUUUGGUUUUCCAACAGACGAGCGAAAUGGCGACGCCAUCAACGAGUAAAUCUCCUGAAACAAAGACGCUCAGCAUCACCGGUGGGAUCAAUAGUGCAAAAACGUCAUUCACCAGCCGAUCACCAACAACAACAUCUAGCGCAAAAAAUAUCAAUGAAUAUGAAAGAACUUGCCUCGAAAUACGACCCGAGUUCGAAACAAUCGCUGAACCACAAAGACAACACACAAAUCGCUACAUUUACAACACUUCAAUUGCUACCAAAUCGUUCUGUCACAACCCUCGACCUCAAUCACAAGUCACAAACGCUACUAGACAAUAUCAUCCCUAUCGACAACAGCCAAUCACAAGCACUCCGCUGUCAUCCUUUCCAACUCCAAGGCAUCCCUUCUCUAUGCAAUUCGACUCACACCACGCAAUUGAAUCACAACGUGAAUGUCACAAACCAAUCGACGAAUCCACAGGCCGCAGCAGCAGCAGCGGCAGCACUUGCAUCACACACAGCAUCAGUUCCAUUAUUAAUGGGAGGUGAGCAUAGUGCCUUCAAAACGAUGACUAACAGUGCAAUGUCAGCAGCAUCGGCUUCUGCUGCCGCACUAGCUCUGAGUUUUGCACGUCAAUAUGUUGCCGCUGCUAAUUGUAAGCCACCAAACUCAACCCACAAUUUGAACAGUUCAUCAACGCUGUCAUCUCCAUCACCUGCAUCGACAUAUAACACGCAAUCAGAUGAAGACAUCAAUGUAGAACAAGAUGAUCACAACGAAGAUGGCACAUUGGUACCAGAUAGAAGUAGUUUCACCCUGCGUAUGCAUUGCUCCAACGACGAAAGGCCUUCUGACAGAACUUCCAGGUCUGAUUAGUCCUUUCACACUAAUUACUUUAAUUAACACAUAUUCGUACCUUAGCUUAAGUAUGUAAAUAGUUUGUAUGUGUGAUUUUGUAAUAUACAAAAAAUCAAAAUAGUUGUAAAAUGAAAUUUAGUGCAAUUCCUUUUAUUAAGCAAGAAUAAA